AUGGCCAAGAAGGACCAUCAAGCAGCUCCGACCGCAGCGGGCAUCCAAAACCGCGAGGCACUCCAGAGGAUGAACUUCCUGUACCAGGCAAGCGCGUACUUGGCAAACGCAGCUUCUCUUACCGGCGGAUCCAAUCCGGAGGGUGCAAAGGCGCUUGAUGAGCUAUCUAGGCAAUAUACGAAGGACAUGAGCGAGAUUGCUCUGAAAACAGUUACGAAGUUGGAUCCGACUAUUAAACGAACCAUUUGUUCUCGAUGCGGUUCCGUGUUGCUGCCAGGAAGAACAUCACGAUCGACAAUCAAGUUUUCUGGUCCGCAUGGGCAUCGGAUUCGAUCCUUGUGUGUGCAGUGCGGCGAUGCUCGUAACGUCCCUGCGCCUCCUCUUCUCGAUGAGGGAGCGCAGCUCGACGGUUCUUCGCUGCGCAUAUCCCAUCAAGGCGUCAGUACGAAACCGGUUUACGAUGCAGAUAUUAGUGACACAAUGCCGACUAAAAAGAGCAGGAAGCGCUCGCGAAAGGCCCGCCAAGAUAACAGUGCCACACGGAAACGCCAGGAUCGACGGCAUCGACCUCUUGCACCUUCCUCUGUACCUCUUUUUGCGAGAGAGGCCGCUGGACAUGCUUUAUUUGUCAGAAACGUGCGAGUGGAUGCACCGUUAUCUUGA